CAAGCACAACUGAAGCCCCAACUACUUCAUCAACAACACUGAGCAGCACUGCAAGUACAAGUACGGAGAGUAGCAGCGCUUCUACUAGUACUCCAUCCAGUACAACAACUGAGGCUCCUUCUACCACAACCGAACAAAUGACUACUACCACAACCCCACAAAGUACAACAGCUUCUACAAGCACCACCACGCCUUCAACGACAACCACCACUCAGGUUCCAUCUACAACAACUGAAAGUAGCACAACAUCAACAAGUACACAACCCCCAACGAGUACAAGCACCACAACGGAGGCCACCACUACCUCAACAACGGACACGACUACAACUACAACAACUACUCCAGAGACGACUUUGACAAGUACGUCUACAACCACAGCUUUGCCAACGAGCACAAGCACAACUGAAGCCCCAACUACUUCAUCAAAAACACUGAGCAGCACUGCAAGUACAAGUACGGAGAGUAGCAGCACUUCUACUAGUACUCCAUCCAGUACAACAACGGAGGCUCCUUCUACCACAACCGAACGAAUGACUACUACCACAACCCCAGAAGGUACAACAGCUUCUAGAAGCACCACCACGCCUUCAACGACAACCACCACUCAGGUUCCAUCUACAACAACUGAAAGUAGCACAACAUCAAAAAGUACACAACCCCCAACGAGUACAAGCACCACAACUGAGGCCACCACUACCUCAACAACGGAAACGACUACAACCACAACAACUACUCCAAAGACGACUUUGACAAGUACGUCUACAACCACAGCUUUGCCAACGAGCACAAGCACAACUGAAGCCCCAACUACUUUAUCAACAACACUAAGCAGCACUUCAGCGACAACCACCACUCAGGUUCCAUCUACAACAACUGAAAGUAGCACAAGAUCAACAAUUACACAACCCCUAACGAGCACAAGCACAACUGAGGCUCCAACUACUUCAACAACAACACUAAGCAGCACUGCAAAUACAAGUACGGAGAGUAGCAGCACUUCUACUAGUACUCCAUUCAUUACAACAACUGAGGUUUCUACUACCACGGCAACAGAAAAUAAUACCACUACAACUGAACUUAUCUCUACCACAAUCAGUAUUCGAAAUGAAAACUUCCUUUCAUACGGGCAACAAGCUGGUGAUAUCGAAGGUUUAAGUGGGGAUGAUUUGCUGCUAGCAAUUAUUGAUAAUCCAGUUGGAAUGACUUGUGGAUCAUCACUAUUUCAUAGUGUUUAUAUCUAUACGAAUGGUUACGUGACGUUUGAUAGCUACUUCAAUAGCGGUCGUCCACAACAAUUCUCUGUUCAGCCAGGAUCACUGCCAGACAAAAUAGUUGCUCCCUUUUGGUCAGACGUUGACAUGACGGCAGACUCGCGUGUUUGGUAUCAUUUCUACAACCAAUUUUCUGCCAACUCGUCUGUUCUCUAUGAAGCUCAGGCGCUCAUUGUUCAAAACUACAAAGAUUCAACGGUGGCCUCCAGUUUUAGUCCCAAUACAGCUUUAGUUGUCACCUGGGAAAAUGUCCGUCCAGCUCCUGCUUCUGUCUAUUCCUCUCAGAGGGCCAGUUUCCAGUUGCUGAUUGUCAGCGAUGGAGUGACCACCUUCACAGCUUUCCUCUUUAAACAAAUGGGCUGGCUCCCCCCAAAACCAGCCCUGCUGGGAUACAAGUGUGGGUCCAGUGACUUCUACAGCCAUCCAGCCUCUCUGACCAACAACAUGCUCGAUGAGGUGUUUAACAACGGCUAUAACAGAGGAGAUAGGCCAGGUGUUUGGAUUUACAAGAUGGAUACCAUGAACAAUUUCAUCAACUAUGCUGAAAAAUGUUACUCCUGGAUCCAAAGCUAUGGAAAUCCAGAGUAUCUGGCAGUUACAUUGGCAAACACAAAAUUAACCAAUUGUCCAUGCAGUGAAGACAGAAUACAAAAAGAUGGUCGAUUUGUACCAUACCCCAACCAACCAAACUGUUAUGUCACUGAAUUUCCUCCCACUGGGAUAUCUAGAACUAGGAAAUGCUGCUACUCAAGGAAUUCAACUCUGGCCACCCUGAUUAGCUCUGGAGCAAGCGCUGGUUAUAUUUACACAUCAAACCCUCUACACAAUCCAAGAGAAGCCAAUGUGUUGGAUGAGGAGCCUCACAAUUACUGCUGUCACCAUUCCAACCUCUGUAGUGAAUUCCUCAGACUCAGAUACUCUGACACUUGUGAUCUCUACCAGCCCCUCACAUCUGGAUCAUCUUUUGGAGAUCCUCACAUACGUACAUUGGAUGGUCUUACCUAUACAUUUAAUGGACUGGGAGAAUAUGUGAUGCUGACUAUGACAAAACCUGGGUCUAAUGAGACUCUUCUAGAGAUUCAGACCCGUACAACACAGGCCAUCAACGCUAAUGGAACAGCCAUUAAUGCCACAGUGUUCCAAGCGUUCGCUGUCAAAGAAAAGAAUGGAGGAAUAGCUCAGGUUGAAGUCAAUCUAGCAAAGACAGGACUGGUUGUUUAUGCAGACAGAGUAGAUAUUACCCGUCAGUUUUAUUCCAGCGAUACUUACUCCUACUAUGUAGCCAGUAGACUGUUACUGAAAAGAACAGGGACAAACUCUGCCAAGAUUCUGUUUCCAUCAGGCAUCACUUUUGAUAUGUCUCUUAACCUCGGAAUGCUGGAACUAACUACUGGAAUACCAGAUUCAUUAUCCUCCACCACAAACAACUCAGGACUUCUGGGAAAUAUCAACGGGAACAUGAAUGAUGACCUGAAAACGCCCAAUGGAACACUGCUGCCCUCUAACACGACUGAAAAGGAGAUAUAUUUCAACUUUGGAGAGCUUUGGAGAAUUGAUUGUGCCAAAUCUCUAUUUGUGUAUGGAAGUAACUUGGAUUGCAAUUCCUUCAAACAGACAGGGUUUUCCCCAAUAUUUAUGGACGAUUUUACCCAGCAAGAGAUUAACCAAGCACAAGAAGUGUGUGGAGGUCCCGAGAACUUUAACUGUAUUUACGAUUUUCUGGCUACGCAGAAUGAGGCUAUAGCUAAUGCCACUAAGAAAGCCUAUGAGACAUCUGUUGAAGAAGAGAAGCGUGCAGAAAACACCAAGCCAUUUCUGGAUGGAGUUGGAACCUUGUACACAGUUGUUGGCCAGAGCAUCAACAUAACGGCCUUUGCCUAUGAUGUGAACAGAGACAAUGUUACCAUCAUUAUGUUGAGUCCUGUGAAUGUUACUUCUGAUACACUCCCAGGGAAUGUCUCCUUUUCCUACAUCUAUACUCCAGCAGACAUGACACCCUAUGCUGUAGAAUUAUAUGCUAUUGAUGAACUGAAUGGUGUAUCAAUUAUGCUAUCUGAAACUGUGUACCAAUGCUAUGGCUGCAAUAACCAUGGAAACUGUAACUACUCCCUACCAACAAGCACCAGUAUUUCUUCAUUCUUUAUUGUACCAUGCUCUUGUGACCUUGGAUGGACAGGCGACUCAUGUGAGACAGACAUUGAUGGUUGUGCUGGUUCCCCAUGUGACCCCCUCAGUAACUGUACAGACACCCCAGCAGCUCAGCAACAGCUAACUGGACGGGCCUUUACAUGUCAGAACUGUUCCACUGGCUACCAGAUGACUCAGUCAUACAAAUGUAUAGACAUUGAUGAAUGUUCCAACAGUUCUUUGAAUCUGUGUAACCAGCUGUGUACAAACACAGAGGGGAGUUACUCCUGCUCCUGUCACACUGGCUACAGACUGACCAACUCUCUCUGUUCAGACAUCAAUGAGUGUCAAGAAGGGACUAAUGCAUGCCAGCAACAGUGUGUGAACACUGCGGGCUCUUAUGGCUGUUCUUGUGUGGACGGCUAUUCUCUCCAACCAGAUGGCGUUUCCUGUACCUUGCUAGCUCCACAGCAAACCUGUGCUGAUGUGAACUGCAGUCAGGGAUGUUCUGUCAAUGCCACGGGCUCAGCUUACUGUUUCUGUAACCAGGGAUAUACACUGUUGUCAGACGGAAGGAACUGCACAGAUGUGGAUGAAUGUCAGAAUAGUGGCCAGUGUUCCCAAGUGUGCUCCAACACAGACGGAGGUUUUACAUGCAGUUGUCUCAUUGGUUACAAGCUACAAGGAGACAAGUUUUCAUGUUUAGGAUGUGACUCUUUGCACUGGGGAUACAAUUGCAACACAUCAUGUGACUGUUCCCAGAAUGCUCUGCGUUGUGACAGUGUGAGAGGAUGUGUGUGCAAGGCUGGUUGGUCAGGAGUCCAAUGUAACACUAACAUCAAUGAGUGUGUAGACCCCAGUUUGUGUUCGGCCACAGAAGUGUGUGUAGAUAACAUGGGCUCCUACAGUUGUCAGUGUAUCGCUGGAUACAGGAGGAGCGCCGCUGGAUCCUGUCAAAAUGUGGAUGAGUGUUCUGAGUCGCUAGAUAACUGUACGUCUACAGAGUACUGCCAGGAUGUCCCCGGGUCCUUCCUGUGUCCAUGUAAGACAGGGUACCAGAGGAACGCCACCUCUGGAAUCUGUACAGAUGUUGAUGAAUGUCUAGAGGAAAUAUCUUCCUGCUCCCAGAACUGUCACAACACAAUCGGAAGUUAUUUUUGUACCUGCUUAGUUGGAUACCAACUUCAGGAUGAUCGAAUUAGUUGUGUGAAAUCCAGCAAUCCAUGUAUGGGAGCCAGUGUGGAUGGGACAUGUGACACAACACAUGGCGGCUGCACUGUCAAUGCUUCCAAUGUGGCCUACUGUUUCUGUGACUCUGGAUAUGAGCUCCAGGUCAAUGCAUCGGGAUUCUCACUGUGUCCAAAUAUCAAUGAGUGUGACAGAAACAUUUCUGGCUGUUCCCAUGUCUGCACUGAUAUAAGUGGAAGCUUCUCUUGUAGCUGUCCAGACGGAUACAAGCUGACCACCAAUCAGAAAACUUGUGAAAGUUGUAGUGUGACCAAUUCGUGGGGCCCCAACUGUACCACCCCCUGUAAUUGUGGGGUGGGGGCCUCAUCCUGUGACCCCGUUGUGGGCUGUGUAUGUCAGCAGGGAUGGAAUGGAACCCUGUGUGAUACCAACAUCAAUGAAUGUCUGACGUCGCCCUGUAACGCUAGUCAGGUCUGUGUGGACAACCCAGGCUCCUACACCUGCACCUGUAGUUCAGGAUUUCAGAGUGAUCAAAAUGGUGGAUGUCAAGAUGUGGAUGAAUGCAGCAAUGGUCAGGCCAUUUGUCAACAGCUGUGUAUAAACACUGAGGGGAGCUACAACUGUUCCUGUAGUCCAGGGUUCAGUGUGCAGCCGGACAAUAUCUCAUGUCAAGAUAUUGAUGAAUGUACCACAAGUAUCCAUAACUGUAGCCAGGGAUGUAGUAAUUUAGAAGGAAGUUACCUCUGUUACUGUAACCAAGGAUAUGAACUGGAUACUGAUAGGAAAACAUGUAAUCUAAUUCCUACUACAACUACUCAAAAGCCAACAACAACCACAACCCAAAGUACCACCACAGUGCCAACAACAACCCAAACUACAACCACAGUGCCUACAACAACCACAACCCAAAGUACCACAACAUUGCCAACAACAACCACAACUCAAAGUACCACAACAGUGCCUACAACAACCACAACCCAAAGUACAACCACUGUGCCUACAACAACAACAACCCAAACUACAACCACAGUGCCUACAACAACCACAACCCAAAGUACCACAACAUUGCCAACAACAACCACAACUCAAAGUACCACAACAGUGCCAACAACAUCCACAACUCAAAGUACCACAACAGUGCCAACAACAACCACAACCCAAAGUACAACCACUGUGCCUACAACAACCACAACCCAAAGUACAACCACUGUGCCUACAACAACAACAACACAGGGUACAACAACAGUGCCUUCAACAACCACAACCCAAAGUACCACAACAUUGCCAACAACAACCACAACUCAAAGUACCACAACAGUGCCCACAAAAACCACAACCCAAAGUACAACCACUGUGCCUACAACAACCACAACCCAAACUACAACAACAUUGCCAACAACAACCACAACCCAAAGUACAACCACUGUGCCCACAACAACCACAACCCAAAGUACAACCACAGUGCCUACAACAACCACAACCCAAAGUACAACCACAGUGCCCACAACUACCACAACCCAAACUACAACCACAAUGCCCACAACCAAAAGUACUACGACAGUGCCAACAACAACCACAACCCAAAGUACCACAACAUUGCCAACAACAACCACAACACCGAGUACAACAACAUUGCCAACAACAACCACAACCAAAAGUACUACCACAGUGCCUACAACAACCACAACCCAAAGUACAACCACAGUGCCCACAACUACCACAACCCAAACUACAACCACAGUGCCCACAACUACCACAACCAAAAGUACUACGACAGUGCCAACAACAACCACAACCCAAAGUACCACAACAUUGCCAACAACAACCACAACACCGAGUACGACAACACUGCCAACAACAACCACAACCAAAAGUACUACCACAGUGCCUACAACAACCACAACCAAAAGUACAACCACAGUGCCUACAACAACCACAACCAAAAGUACAACCACAGUGCCCACAACUACCACAACCCAAACUACAACCACAGUGCCCACAACUACCACAACCAAAAGUACUACGACAGUGCCAACAACAACCACAACCCAAAGUACCACAACAUUGCCAACAACAACCACAACACCAAGUACGACAACACUGCCAACAACAACCACAACCAAAAGUACUACCACAGUGCCUACAACAACCACAACCAAAAGUACCACAACAGUGCCUACAACAACCACAACCAAAAGUACAACCACAGUGCCCACAACUACCACAACCCAAACUACAACCACAGUGCCAACAACAACCACAACACAGGUUACUUCUUCGACACCAAAGAUAUCCACUACCAUGAGAGUUUUGUCAGGAAGCUCCACUACAAUUACGACCGCUGGAACCCCGACUACACAACCAACAAUUGAAAAAAAGUUGUUGCCUUUCGGAUCGUCAUUUGGAGACAGUCUAGCAUCUACUGGAGAUGACUCCCUGCAGGCUGUAGUAUACAACCAAAUUGGAUUUAUGUGUGGUUGUUCUAUAAGCAGACGUAUUUAUAUUUACUCAGAUGGUUUCAUUUCUGCUGAUGCAAGAUUUGAUGAGGGAAAACCAACGCUUCUGUCUGAUUCAUCAGGAGCUAUAGCUGACAAGAUUUUGGCUCCAUACUGGACAGACAUUGACUUGUCUAGUCAAUCCCAUAUCUGGUAUCAACUCUAUCAAGAUAACAGAGCACAAAAUGUUGGGGCCAUCUUCACCGAUGCAAAGGAACUAGUUGUUAACGGCAUCAGGGAUCAGGGAGGUGACGGAGAACCAUUUAACCCAAACUCUGUUUUGAUUGUUACUUGGGAGAAUGUUGUGCCCUCACCAAAGUCAUUAUUUCCAACAAAGAAUGCCACGUUUCAACUAUUAGUGGUCAGUGACGGGGUGGCCACAUACAUAGGGUUCCUUUAUGACUCUGUGCACUGGGAUACCACAAGACCUGCUGUAAUGGGGUUCAGGUGUGGAAACCAGCCCUCUGAUGUCUACAGCCACCCAGCUUCUUUGUCCAAAGAGAUUCAUAAUUCCCUUGUAAACCAAGGAUACAACAGUCAUAAUACAAGUGGAGUGUGGAUAUACAGACUGGAUACCUGUAGUGGGACAGAGAACAACUACAGGGCUCUGUGUUACGCGUGGAUGAGGACAGACAGCGUGCAAGAACAGAGCGAGGUGAAUCGGGCCGAUUCCCUGUUACCAGCAUGUCCGUGUAACACAGUACAGGCAGCACUAGAUGACAAGUUUGUCCAGACUGUGAUGGAGUCCAACUGUUACUUUGUACAUCCAGCCCCUGUCAACACUAACUACACUAGGAAAUGUUGUUACUCCUCCUACGGAUCUCUGUUGUUUGCCACCUUGGGGUCAGGAUAUGUGUUCCUGAACAGCCCUCUCACCCACCCCAGAGAGGCGCUGGUCACCGACCUAAAUCCUUACACCCAGUGCUGUGUCCAGGCCCGGAUGUGUGAGGAGUUUUUCAUCCACCGCCCCUCCGAUAACUGCAACAACUACAUCCCUGUCUCUCCAGAUGCUGUCUCUCCAAUGAUAAGUUACUACCCCCUGAGACUGUUUGCUACUGUCGGAGAAAUGGUGGACAUCACGUCUAUAGCACAGACCACAGGGAACAACUAUGUCAGCUUGAUUGUGUCGGGAACUAUCAGUGCCAACGUGACAGAGAGGGGGAUGUCAGCCAUGCUCUAUAGAUGGACUCCCAGGGACAUCUCCCCCAAAUCUAUACAGAUCUAUGCACAGACUCCUAACUCCAUGGUGUCAUCCACUGUGACCCCGGACAUCAUCCUGUGCCCCGGCUGUAGCGGACACGGCAGGUGCUACUUUGACAAUGUCAUUCCUCACCCCCAGUCCUCCUCCUUCUUCCUGGUGGAGUGUGUCUGUGAACUCGGCUGGACAGGUCCCAGGUGCAGUGUGGAUGAGGAUGGGUGUGUGGGCAGUCCCUGUAACACGACCGCUGCCUGUCAGGACCUGACCCCCUCUGUCCAACAGUCCCGGGGACUGACCUACCAAUGCUCCUCUUGUUCUGUGGGCUACAUUCUGUCCAGCUCACUUAAGUGUACAGAUGUUGAUGAAUGUGGUUUGAACCCCUCUCCUUGCAGCCAAGGUUGUUUGAACACAGAUGGUUCUUAUCUCUGUACAUGUCAGAAAGGGUACAGACUCGAUGGCUUUAAGUGCAUAGAUGUUGACGAAUGCAAUGAAAGAACGAGCAAUUGUGAGCAGAGCUGUGUUAACACACAGGGAUCCUACCACUGUGUCUGCUCCCCUGGCUAUCAGCUAAACACAGACAAACACACAUGUCUCAAAGUUUCCUCAGAAGCUGCUUGCAUUGCUAGACAGUGCCCGCAAGGUUGCAGGUUAAAGCCUUCUGGAGAAGCAGAGUGUUUCUGUUUCCUUGGGUACAGAAUGCGGCCUGACUCAUCUUGUGAAGAAAUCAAUGAGUGUCUGGAUGGAGUUUGUCCACACACUUGUAAGAACACAAAUGGCAGUGUCGAGUGUGGCUGUUAUGUAGGAUACUCACUCGAAGCAGAAGAUCGGACUUCUUGUAAAGCAUGCAACUUUGAUCGCUGGGGACUUGAUUGCAACAUGUCAUGUGACUGUACCCAUCAUGCCCUGUACUGUGACAAUGUGAUUGGCUGUGUGUGUAAGCCCGGGUGGGUGGGGAGGUUCUGUGAGCUGGACACCAAUGAGUGCGAGGACUGGGGGCUGUGCCAGUCCCCUGAGGUGUGUACCAACACACUCGGAUCAUACCGCUGUGACUGUGAAAAUGGCUACCUAAGGAACAAGACCACAGGACUCUGCGGAUAUCACAGCGCCUGUAGAUCCUGGGCGAGGAACACCUGUAGACUGGAUGAGGAGUGUAUAGACACACCUGGUGGUUAUACCUGUGUCUGUGGGGCAGGAUUCAGGAGAGUUAAUGGCACCUGUGAAGAUUUGGAUGAGUGUUCCGAGAUGAUACAUGGAUGUCAACAUGACUGUGUGAAUACAGAAGGAAGCUAUAGAUGCUCCUGUAAAGUUGGGUAUUCCCUACAGCUUGAUGGAAAGACAUGUUUAGCUCAAGCUCUUAACCCGUGUAGAAGCACUCCCCAGUGGAAUUUCUGUGACCAUAACUAUGGAGGGUGUACUGUGGAUGUUGAAGAUAAUCCCGUCUGCUUCUGUAGGACUGGAUACUCCUCUGUACAGAAGGAUAAUUUCACUCUCUGCAAUGACAUCCAGGAGUGUUGGAUGGGAGUAUCCGGAUGUUCACACGGAUGUGAGAACACCUGGGGAGGAUUUACCUGUACCUGCCCCCAAGGGUACACCUUGGACACCGACAGAAAGAUCUGUAAAAGUUGUUCUGAUUUGGGGCGAUGGGGAGUGGACUGUGUGAACUCCUGUGAGUGUGGACCGGGUGCGUUGAAGUGUGACCCCGUGUCAGGGUGUGUGUGUAAGAUGGGCUGGACUGGCCCCCAAUGCACGCAACACGGCAUCGACUGUAGCAGCACACCAUGUGCCACGCACCAGAAAUGUGUGCACGUCAACUUCACAAAGAUGUGUAUAUGUGAAAAUGGCUACCAAAGAGAUUCCAACAAUCAAUGCCAAGACAUUGACGAGUGUUCUACUGGCCAGAACCUCUGUACCCAGAGAUGUGUGAACACACCUGGAGGCUACCAGUGUACCUGUCUGUCCGGAUUCCAGCUCAGUGCAGACAACAAGACUUGUAUAGAUGAGGAUGAAUGUGAAUUACAAAUAUCUGACUGUCAUCAAAAAUGUCUCAACACUAUCGGGGGAUUCUACUGUGUUUGUUAUAAGGGUUUCCAUCUUAGUGGUUCCAACAAGUGCAUUAAAGAUGAAGUGUCCAGCCAGUGUGUUGGGGUGGCAGACACCUGUCAGUAUGGGUGUAGAGUGGAGGGAGCCCGAGCCUUCUGUUACUGUCCCCUGGGGUACACGCUCAACCCAGACCAGACAACUUGUACAUACGUUAACUCAACUGUGAAUGUACAGUUUGUGACUGAAAUAGAUUUUAAGUCUGAAUACAACAACCCUUCUUCCCUUCAAUAUAAAAGUCUAAAGAAGGACAUCCAAAUUCAGUUUGGAAACGUCUUCAACAGCAUGAAAGAUCUGUCAUCUGUUCAGAUUAUAAAGAUAAGUGAAAACUGCACAAUAUUUGAUGUUCAAGUGAAAUUCAAGACAAAUCUAACCAGUGAGUUGGAUGCUAGCUUGACUACAGCAGUAGAGAGUGUUCGUCAAUCAGGGAUACAGUUUCAGGGCCAGAAGUAUGCCAUAACAGAGACCCCAGUCAUAUCUGUACCCUACGUACCUGCUCCAUGUUUACUUUGCCUGGCCUCAGAGAAGUGCUACAUCACAGUCAGUCAGAAGUACACUUGCAGAACCCUUCAAGUACGCACCACAAAUGUAGUACCCCUGAAGAUAACAAUUCAGAGGAGCUAUGAAGGAUACAUGGCUGAUACAGUAGACAUUAGAUAUGCCAGGCUGGAGGACUCAGCACUCAGAGCUUUGAGUGGACUACUGAACCUGACUGUAGUAGAAAAGAUCCACCUUACUGCAAUCAUUCCCAUGUCAACAGGAACACAAAUACAGGCCUCUAUUUUCCUGACAACUUCAGGAAGCUCUGGUUUGUUGGACCAGAUCGGUGGGAGACUGCAUGAGAUCAUUGACAAACUUGGCUGUAUAAGUCUGGAGAGUGGCUGUGUAUCUCUUUUAAAGAGUUCACUUAUCUUCAAUGGAACACAAGAAGUUCCAGUACCAUGCUACACUUGUACACAAAAUGAGAGGUGUAAGACUAAUGCACAAGGACUAUCAAAUUGCAUAGCCCUUACUUCUACUGUUCCACCUCCAACUACUGCACAAACCACAGUGAUCCUCAGCACUUCCAGAACUGGUAGCACGGACACACAGAUACUGGUUGGAGUGGGCGUGGCGGUCCCCAUCGGGGUCCUGUUCUUUGUACUGACCAUUGUCCUCUCUGUGCUACUCUGUAAGAAGAGGCACCAAUGGAAAAUCCAAAGGGAAAUGUCUAUGAACUCUACAGAGGGUCGACAAGGCAUGAAUAGGGUGAACCGAGAUAGGGUGGUGUUCAGACAGCCCAUACUUCCUAUUCAACCUCCAUCUGCCCAGGUAAGACCAACUGUUCGCAGUGGAGUACCACCCAGCUACCCAAGACUUUACCCAGUUCUAGACCACUUACAAGAUGAGCAUCGCUCAAGAAUCUCUUCAAGAAAUAAGGAUGAGUUCGCGCUUCAGCGCCCUCUGGUGGAUCAGAGACCCAGCAAUAUAUAUCAGAACUAGGCUAAUGGUUAUGAAAUAUAGUUUGCCAAUUUCUAGUAUCUGGAAUUUGUUCAAACAGCCAUGUCAGGACUCUUGUGCACUUUCAUUAAUGGCUGGCAGAGUUACCAGAGACUUGUACAUUAUUCAGGGAAUUCAGUGAGAACUCUGUAAAUAUAUUGAUUGAUGAAUUUGUUUCUUGUUUUCAAUGUUAGUCAUGAAUGUUAUCUGGUAUGUUGAUAUGAUAUAUAAGUUAUCUUUGUUACUACGAUAAAACAUAUAGUUUUUGAUAAUUUUCAACUAUUUAUUUACAUUUUGAAACUGUUUGCAUUUUUUAUAUUUUUAAAAUAAUUGUUAUUUUUGAUAACUUAUUGUAUAUAUAUAUUUUGCAACAAAACUGUUGAUAUUUAUACUCAUAGUUAUGUCUACAAAUAAUUUAUUUCUUGAUAUACAGAUGAGAUGUAUAUGGAAAUACAUUGUUGAUUUUCUUCUAUUUCUGUACAGAUUAUUAAGAAGUUAACAUCAUUACAUGAAUCAAUCUUUCAUUUUGUUUAUAUUUCAUGAAUAAAGUUAUUGAAAUGAAAUAAUUUGAACUUUUCUUUUACUUGGUGGGAAUGAGGAGAAGAAAUAUAAGUGUUGACCAUCAUGUGCAUUGGACUACUGUCUCUAACCAGAGGGGAAAAAAAAUUAAAACUUAAAUAUAAUAAAAUAGACAUUUUUGUCAAAAUACAGUAAAACAGCGAAUACGCUUAUUAUGAAUCGACGCUUGUAGCAUACAGUAAAACUCGUUAAGUAGGAACAUGGAUAGCGAAUUUUCGGACACAGCAAAUCCCUGGUAAAAAUCUUAACAAAUGUUUGCAAAAUUUUACAGUUAUAACGAAUUCAGAUAUAACAAAUUUACGGAUAUAACAAACUGAUUUUGAGUCUGGUAGAGAUGAAAUAUAACGAAAUUUAACACUAUCGAAUUUCUUUACAGUUUAAAAAAGUUAGCACAACCAAUUAAUAAAACAGUUUGAACGAAUUUAUUUUCAUAUAAUUUUUUCAAUUCACAAUUCGAUUAUUAAAGGUAUCAAUGUAAUGAAUUUUUAUUUGAGGCCUAAAUGAGCAAAAUUUAUAGUUUGGUGAAAGAAAACAUGUAUAUAGUGAAUUCGCUAUAGGUAUUAUUUCGAAUUUGUUAUUUGUAUAUAAGGAAUUACCGAUAUAACAAAGUAUUUCCAUUGGACUUCGCUAUAACGGAGCUUUACUGUAGUAAUUCUCAUUGCCAGCGACCUUAUUACAUGCUGUAAACUUGACCAAUAUAACAAAUUAUGCUAUAAGGAAGCAAAAUCGCCUGUCCCUGGUACUUUGUUAUAAGACUGUAUACAGAAGCAUCAUAAACUCAACAUCUGACUGUCUUGUCAACAGCAUUGUUUCGAUGAUCUGACAUAAAUGAUCACAUUAAAAUGUGGCUGUAUUUUGAUUAGCUAACUUUUGAAUUACUACUGUAUUCUGACAUGACAAAUGAUACUCAUUUUUUUUCCAGGUCAUUGCAUAUUCAUGUAUAUUUCAUUCCUUAAACCUCUCUAAACCCAUCAGGUUUUACCUACUUUUGCUUAGAAUACAUUACAUCAAAAUAUAGUCCUCAGAUCUGACAUAGAUAUUUUGACUGAUAAUUAACAGAAAAUAAGAGCAACAAAUACAGGUGCCUCCAAUAAAAAAAAAACUAAGAGGUCAUUUCACCAAUACAUGAAUAUUGCAAUUUUUUUUUCAUUUUUUUGCUUUUCAUUUGACUCGAACUUCAAUUUUGGUGCAUCGUGCUAAGCUCAAGCAAAUUGACACCUAACAUUUGCCUAAAAAUUAUUCCUCAAGUUCAAGGUCAAAUUGAUUAUAAAUAUACAUAUAUUAUUAACAUUUUUUAUGCUUGGGGUAUAUAGUGUCAAAAUAGCAUCUAAAAUUUCAUUCAUUGUAAU